AUGAAGCGCGUCUGGACCGCGCAGACGAUAAAUGACUGGGUCGCGCGAAGAGAUGCGUACCGCGAGCAGCGCAAAAAGCCGUCCAUGGCGGCGCUGCGCGAGUCCGCAGACGUGAAGGACCGGCAAGCUUACGAACGAGAACUCGCCAUAGAGAGGAAAGUGCUGAAAGAAAGGCUCGACGAGUUGUCUACGGCGUUCGCAUGGGUGAUUGACAAGCCUCCGCUCGAGCGGUACCCUGCCCCGUUCUCGGGGACUCUUCAUUUGCCCACGAAUCUCCACCAGAGCACCGGUCACGCCACCAAGCUGAAGUUCAGUCUGGGGGACGACCUCAACAUGCUAAUUUUUGAGUUUUAUGACGCAAAGGUGCCCUCCGACUACAAGGGGACCAAUUUCGUCUCGGUAGAAGCGCUGAGCCCUCGCCGCCACGAGUACCUCGGGCCCGCGCCCAAGGUCGUCGGUUUCCAAUUCUUCGAAGCCACCGGUGAAGCUCACAUAGAAUGGUGGGACGCCUAUCUGAAGGAGAAGUGGGUGGACGCGGGUUUCUGGAGAAACGAGGUCUAUUUCGACGAGGACGUGCACGGCUGGGUCUCGAAGCCGCGCGGAGACUACAGCCGCUAUCCUGAUCUCGAUGAGUAUCUCGUCCGCGAUUGA